AGUUUGUGUAGUCCUGAAAGGGGCUUUGGGGCUUUUUGGGUUAUUUUUGGGAUCCUUGGGGGAUUUUGGAGGUUCCAAACUCCUGAGCCCCCCCCCCCCAAUCCCCCUUUGCAGUGCCCUGGAGGAUCCAGCUGUGCCCCCAGAUGUUGAGGGCCCCCAGAUGUGAUCGGGGAGGGGCCAGAUCCAGAUGUUGAGGACCUGAAAAUGCCCAAAGUAUCCCAAAACCCCUCAGAGGCUCCAGAUGUGGCAGCAGAAACCCCAAAUCCAGAUGUGCUAUGGGCCAGAAAUGGGCACCGGACGCUGCAGGUGGACAGUGACACAGAUGUGGAGGAGGAGGGGCCAAGCCCAGAUGCUGGGCCACAGAAAUGGCUUAAAAUGACCCAAAAUGUGCCUGAAACUCCAGAUGUGAGGCUAAAAACCCCAAAUCCAGAUGUUCCAUGGCUUAAAAGUGGGCGUGGCACGCUGCUGGUGGAGAGCGACACAGAUGUGGAGGAGGAGGAGGCUGAUCCAGAAGUGGAGCCCCCAGAACGGCUGAAAAUUACCCAGAACGUCCCGGAAACUCCAGAUGUUGCAGGAAAGACCCCAAAUCCAGAUGUUGCAGGCCCAAAAAUACGACACAGGGUGGAGCUGGUGGACAGUGACACAGAUGUGGACGAGGAUCCAGAUGUGCAGCCCCAGAAAAGGCUUAAAGUGACCCAAAACGUGCCUGGAAUUCCAGAUGUGGAGGUGGAAACCUCAAGUCCAGCUGUGAGGGCGCCCAAAAUUGGACACUGGGUAAUCCUGAUGGACAGCGACACAGAUGUGGAGGGGGAGGAGCAGAAUCCAGAUGUGCAGCCCCAAAAACAACUCAGAAUGCCCCAAAAUGUGUCCGAAACUCCAGAUGUGGCAGCAAAACGCCUGAAUCCAGAUGUUUCGGGCCCAAAACUCUGUUCUCAGAUGCUGCUGGUGGACAGUGAUACAGAUGUGGAAGACGAAGUGAAUCCAGAUGUGCAGCCCCCUAAAAGGCUCAAAGUGACCCAAAACGUGCACAGAAAUCCAGAUGUGGAGGUGGCGACCCCAAAUCCAGCUGUGGAGAGCCCCAGAAUUGGCCUCCAGACACUGGUGGAGGACAGCGACACAGAUGUGGAGGACGAUCCAGAUGUGCAGCCCCCAAAAAGGCUCAGAAGGACUCAGCACUUGCCCAAAGCUCCAGCUGUGCGACGGGGGAUGCAAAAUCCAGAUGUUCCAGUCCCCACAAUCAGGAGCCAGAUGCUGCUGGUGGACAGCGACACAGAUGUGGAGGAGGAUCCAGAUGUGCAGCCCCUGAAACAGCUCAGAGCGACCCAAAACAUCCCCGAAACGCCAGAUGUGGCUGCGAAGCCCCCAAAUCCAGAUGUUUCAGGCCCUGAAAUCAGGUGCCAGGCAUUCCUGGUGGACAGUGACACAGAUGUGGAGGAGGAGGAGGAGGUGAGUCCAGAUGCUGAGACCCUCAAAAAACUUGGAAUGACCCAAAAUGUGCUUGAAAGUCCAGAUGUGGUGGCACAGACCCCAAGCCCAGAUGUUGGAAUGACCCAAAAUGGGUAUCGGGCACUGCUGGUGGACAGUGACACAGAUGUGGAGGAGGAUGAGGUGAAUCCAGAUGUUUGUCAUUCAAAAAGAUGGAAGAUUCCUCAAAAUGUGCCCCAGACUCCAGAUGUGCCCCCACAGCCCCCAAAUCCAGCUGUGAAGAGGUCACGGAGGGGUCACGGGGUGCUGCUGGAUGACAGCGACACAGAUGUGGACGAGGAGGCAAAGCCAGAUGUUGGAUCCUUAAAAAGAUUGAAACCAGCCCCAAACGUGCCUGAAACUCCAGAUGUGAGGCUGAAAAAUCCAGAUGUUGGGAGGCUCCAAGAGACCCAAACUGUGGCCGAGACGCCAGAUGCGGAGGGAGAGGAGGAAGGGUGGGAUCCAGAUGUGGCCACCCAGCUGUUCCUGCCCCCAAAUCCAGAUGUGGGGGAGGCCGAGGCGGACCCAGAUGUUGGGAGCCCAGAACGACUCAAAAUGACCCAGAAGCCCCCGGAAAUUCCAGAUGUGGAGGAGGAAGAGGAGUCAAAUCCGGAUAUGGCCACCCAGCUGUUCCUGCCCUCCCCUGAUGUCGCGAGCCCAAAAGGACCCAAAAUGACCCAGAACCCUCCCAAAAUUCCAGAUGUGGAGGAGGAAACCCCAGAUCCAGAUGAGGGGGAAGAACAGGAGUCAGAUCCAGAUGUGGCCACCCAGCUGUUCCUGCCUUCUCCAGAUGUUGGGAGCCCAGAAGGCCCCAAAACGGCCCCAAAGGACCCCAAAGUUCCAGAUGUAGAGGGGCUGCCCUCUCUGGAUCCAGAUGUGGCCACACAGCUGUUCCUGCCUCCACAUCCAGGUGUGGAGGACAGCCUAAAUCCAGAUGUUCUGGGUCCAAAACAAUCCAAAAUGGCCUCAAAUGACCCCAAGAUUCCCGCUGUGAGGGUGGAGACCCCAGAUCCAGAUGUGGAGGGGGAGGAGGACUUGGAUGUGGCCACCCAGCUGUUCCUGCCCCCUGAUCCAGAUGUGCAGGGGGAAGGACCCUCAGAACGAGGUGUUGGGUCCCCAAACCCACCCAAAAGUGCCCUAAACCUGCCCGACAUUCCAGAUGUGGACAUGGAGAGACCAAAUCCAGAUGUGGGGGAGUCACUGAGGGGCCACAGGACAUUGCUGGGGGAUGCUGAUCCAGAUGUGGGGAAGGUGGGCCCAAAUCCAGAUGUGGCAGCCUCAAAAAGACCCCAAACGGCCCCGGAAGUCCCUGAAAUUCCAGAUGUGGAGGUGGACACCCCAAGUCCAGAUGUGGACGGGCCGGGGAGCCCUGGCCUGAAUCCAGAUGUGGCCACCCAGCUGUUCCUGCCCCCUGCCCCAGAUGUGGAACCCCUGGAAAGACCCGAAAGGGCCCCGGACCAGCCCCAGGUUCCAGAUGUGGAGGAGGCGGCCCCAAAUCCAGAUGUGGAGGGUCCCCCAAGCCCCGCCCAGGAGGAAGCAGAAGCUCCGCCCACCCCACAGGUGAAUUUUGGGGGGUCCAGAGUGAUUUUUGGGGUCUCUGGUCCAUUUGGGAGCCCCCUGGGGAUUCAGGGAGGGUUCCAGGUGGAUUUUUUGGGGUUUCCCGUGAAUUUGGGGGGUCCCAGUCUGGAGGGGCUCAUUCCCCCCUCCCACUUUGUGCUGCGCCCCAGGUCCCUGGGGGCGGAGCUUGAGGCAGAAAGGGGGCGUGUCCAUGAAUUGGAGGUGGAGCUGAAAGCACUGAAGGGGCGGAGCCAGCACCUGGGGGCGGAGCUUGAGGCAGAAAAGAGUCGGAGCCAUCGGCUGGAGGCGGAGCUUGAAGCAGAAAAGGGGCGGAGCCAACAGCUGGAGGCAGAACUUAAGACAGAAAGGGGGCGGAGCCAAGCACUGAGGGUGGAACUCGAUGCCCUGAGGGGGCGUGGCCAGCGAUUGGAGGCAGAGCUGGAUGCAGAAAAGGGGCGGAGCCAAAUCCUGGAGAUGGAGCUGGAGACCCUCAGGGGGCGGGGCCUCGGUCCAGAGGGGGCGGAGCCAAGCCCAGAGCAGGUGCUGCUGGGCCGCUGGCGCCAGAAGGUUUUCCAGCUGCUGCUGCAGGUGAGCCUGCAACGGGGCCAGGAGCUGCGGCUGCAGGGACAGGUGCGCUCUCUGGGUGCUGCAGUGGCCGCCGGGUCCCGCCAGGUGUCGCUGUUGGAGCUGCGGCUGCGCCGGGGGGAGCAGGAGAGACAGCGCUGGUGGCCUCGGGGCGGCUCCGGUGGCAGCGGAAACUGGAGGGGACAGCAGGGGACAGCAGCACGGUGGCCCCGGAGGUGACAUCGGAGGUGAGGGGGUGGCACCGAGGGGACACCAGGGGUGGCUCUGUCCCCAGGGUGUCACCCCCAUGUCCCCCCCAGGCCACCAAGGGUGGGGACAGGACCCAGCCACGCCCAGGCACAGUGUCCCUGGCCCCGUUGGUGACGCAGCUCCAGGCCCUUGGUGCCGCCAUCCUCGGGGACAUCGGGGACCCCGCAGUGCCAGUGCCCCCAUGGGGACACCGGUGACAUCAUCAGGGACACAGGUGACAUCAUCAGGGAGCGGUGGCACUGCCAGCACAGAGAUGACAUCACUGUGGAGGUGGUGAUGUCACAAUGGUGAUGAUGAUGUCACUAUGACGGUGAUGACAUCAUGGCUCUGCCCCAGCCCUGGCUCGGUGUCACUUUGUCCCCGCCCAGCCCCUGAUGUCCCCAAAGCUGCCACAACCAUCCCAGAGGGUCCCCAGAGAGUCCCUGAUGUCCCCAAGGAGCUUCUUUGGUGUCCCCAACCCCCCCCAAUGGCCUCCUGGUGUCCCCACAUGUCCCAGGAAUGUCCCCAGUUCACCCAAGGUGUCCUGAGGUGUCCCCAACCCCUCCCAGUGUCCCCAAGAGCCCCCUAAGUGUCCCCAAAGGUGGACAUGGUAACAGAAGUUCCCAUGGCAACAGAAGUCCCACCCAUCCUGUGCUGCCAUUGGCUGCUGUGCUCAGGACUGAGAGCGCUGAUUGGCUUGGUUUGGAGGGGGUGGGGCUAAACACAGAACAGGGCCCAAACCAGUACAGACUGAACUGGGAACUGGGAUCAACUGGGAACUGGGCCCAAACCAGUACAGACUCAACUGGGAACUGGGAUAACCUGGGAACUGGGCCCAAACCAGUACAGACUGAACUAGGAGUGAUCCCAAACCAGUACAGGGGCUAAACUGGGAACUGGGAUGAGCUGGGACCAGUGCCUGAACUGGGACCAGAACCCCAGACUGGUCCGGGAGCCACAGUGAUCACUCACAGACCCAGCACUGCUUCUGGUUUGUACUGGUUCAUACUGGUCCAUAUUCCUCCAUAGUGAUUUAUGCUGGUUUGUACUGGUUUGUACUGGUUUGUACUGUUUCAUACUGGUCCAUACCGGUCACUGGCCAUACUCCAGCCCCCCUGUGUGUUUCCUGUGCUCUCCCAGUGGUGUCUGAACUGCAAGUGUGGGGGACAGUGGCCACAGGGGAGUGGCCACAGCCUGAGGGUCAGUGGGAACGGCCACAGGGGAACAGCCACAGCCUGAGGGUCAGUGGCCUCAGGGGAAUGGCCAUAGCCCGGGCUCAGCCGGACGCGCCGCUCGCCCUUGGGCCGUUGCCACCGAGCGCUUCCCGUGGUCCUGGCGGUGCCCGGCCUCACCGGCGUGUGGGCCAUGCGGCCACUGCGGCACAGGAGCUCGUGGCCGUGCAGGUCCACCAGUGUCCAGCUGGGCAGCAGCGGGCUGGUCAGCAGGGGGAUGUCCAGUGUGGUCACUGUGGUGGUGGCUGGCUUGGGUUUGACAUUGAAGAUGGCGGGCAGGUCCAGCAGCAUGGCCAGAGCGGCAGCGGUGUUGUCUGGCAUGAUCCACACAGGGCCUUUGUCAUUGUCAUAGUUGUCAUCGUUGUCACCGUCAUCGUUGUUAUCAUCACCAUCCUCCAUGUGGAUCUUGAUCUCCUGGGAUGGCAGAGACGGGGAUGUGGCAGUGGCCAUGCAGAGCUGGAGGAGCUCCAUGGUGGUGGCCUGGGUGGCCCAGGAGGAGGAGAAGGAAGGGUUAUUGUUACCAUGGAUUGUCACAAUGUCGGCGUGGAUUGUCACAUUGUUACCAUGGAUUGUUCUUUCCCCACCUUGGAUAGUCCUAAUGUCACCAUGGAUAGUCCUAAUGUCACCAUGAAUGGUCCCGUGCCCACCAUGGAUGGUCCUAAUGUCACCAUGGAUGGUCUCGAUGUCACCAUGGAUGGUCCUGAUGUCAUCAUGGAUUGUCCCGCCCCCAACAUGGAUGGUGCUAAUGUCACCAUGGAUUGUCCCCUCACUGCCGUGGGAACCCCAUGGUGACAAUGACGAUGACAAGGGUCCUUCUCCUCUACGGUUGAGCCACAGGGCUCAACAGAGGGUCCGUGAGGAGGAGGAUGAAGAUCUUUCUCCACUGUGGUUGGCACGCAAUGACCCACUGAGACCGUGGGUGGUGUGUGACAAUGACAAUAGAGACUCUUCCCUACCAUGGACUGCCCCUGAUGACAAUGGAGACCCUUCAUGACCGUGGUUGGCCUUUGAUGACUAUGGAAAUCCUUCAUGGCCAUGGUUGGCUUGUGAUGAUGAUGACAAUAAAGGCAAAGACUGCG